AUACAUCGUCUAAUAUUUGCAAGCAGACUGACAAAAGGCAUUUCUCCUUUCACUCGUACACCGUUGACAGAUAUUGUAGCAACGAGUUAAUGGGAAGUAUAGUGACGGAUUCGACCGUCAUACAUGAAGAAUAGCAUCCUGUGUUGACUCUAAUGACUCUAAUUCUAAGUCUUCUAAAACCAUUGGUGAGCUGAAUACCCUGCUGUUUCCAGGCAAUGAUCAGGUAGCCCCUGAUAGCCACAAGUGAAUGUCAGCAGUUGGGUCUGUUACGAUGCCGUUAUCAACAGUGGCACAGGUGUUGCUGAGAGGCGUCUCCGUUUGCUCCAGGCUUCCCCAGCAUGCAUCACGUGGGAAAUUCUUCCACCAGUUCUCCAAGUUUCAUGACUGUAAGUUUUCCACGUCUGCAGUUUCAAGAUCUGUUUACAGUAUUGAACGUGGUUUCCUGCCGUGUUCCAAUAGAAGUAAAGCGGUCUGUUUGGCCGCUGUUGGAAAUUCUCAUAGGAAUAGAUCCUUAGAUUGCAUAGUAAGAAAUAAAUCUUCAGGAAUAGCAGGAGAGGUGAGCCAACCACAAAAUGAGAAGAAAUACAACACGCAAACCCUCCUGGAAUCCUGGUUCUACGAAGUUUCCCCUAGAGGCUCUAUGGAGGCCAGCUUGCCGUUCAACACCAUCAUCAAACCUCUCCCUCCACAAGAGUACCCCAACAUGAACAAAGUCAUUCUUCAGCUGCACUUCGAUUCCAAAGCUGGACAGGAGGUGCCUACCGCUCAUCAACUCAGUGAAAUUUGUGAUCUGUACGACCAGAAUGUGACAUUUGACAAGGAUAAAGCCAAUAUGAACCUGUCUUAUGAUGUGACAUCAGGCGUCGUUCUCCCAGUUGUGUGUCAUCUCCAGGUUCCCCUUCAGUUCAGUCUGUCAGUAACCAUGCUGGGGGAUAGUGAUGUGACGAUAGAACGGAUGGAGAGUGACGCCAUUGUCGUCAACACCGACAGAGGAGACUGCAAUCUCAAAAGCAUUAAGUGUGGUUCCGCCUCCGCAUUCUGUAGAUCCGGGAACAUUACCAGCAAAUCCAACCUCUUGGGCAAUGUUCUGUUCCACACAGGCAGAUCUGGGUCCAUCCGGACAGACAAACUCCAGGGCUCCAGUAUUUCCUGUGAAACAGAAAUGGGCAGCAUGAACGUGAAGUCCCUGUACACUGGCACGGCAACCUUCAGGUCAGACGCAGGAAAUGUCCACCUCGGCCACUGCCACGGGCAGAUCUGCAUGCAGGCCGAGAAUUCUCACUUCAAAAUAGAAAGUUUGGAUGGCGACCUAGACGUCUCUCUCCAAUCCGGUAGUGUGGACGUUCAUUUCAGCCACCAUGAGAAAGCUGACAUUGAAAUCACCUCGGGCGAUGUGUCGUUGAGCUUUCAGGAAGGAGCAAGCACGGAUCUGAAUCUCGACUGUGCAUGGGUGACGGUGGAUGAGAACAUUGACCUUCAUCUGGCAAAGACUUCUCUUCCUCGACACACUGAAGGUUUCAUAGGGGAGAGGGGCAAGUCCCAGACCAACGUCCGGACUCUGUCGGGCUCCGUUCAUCUCAAGCAGCUGGACUGGAUUCAGACCACAAAACUGGCUUCCUUUAUGGAGAGGGAGAAACAAGAUUAGGCAACCUUAUCCCUUUAGUUUAAAAUACAAGUAUAGUAUCCAGAUUACCAUUUCUAUUUUGUGACUUGUAUCUAAUUUGCACUUUUUUUUUCUUAUUUCUAAAGCACCUGUUCAAAUCUAGUCUUUUUUAGGCUUGGGUGAUCUUCAGUUCUUUGCUCGUAUAGAUGUGUUAUAGCAAACUCCUUUCUUUCUACAGUAUUAUUUUUAUUAUCAAUUAUAGGCACUUAAAAACUUUUUUUUUUAGUGCGUGACUCAUGGUACAUUAUGUACCUAUUUAUUUUGCUCAUGUGUGGGUUCACAAUUCAUAGAAGGAGAGUGUGCAUGUAAGUGUAUCAUAAUUAUUAUGUGUGGUAUAGAGAGAGAGAGUGAGCGGGAGGACAAUGGGUUUGUUUGUAUCUUUGUGAAGUAUGUUACAAAAAUAUGUUCAGUUUUGAUCUGGUUGUGAACAACGUGAAGCGCUUAGAACCACACUGGGGUUGACACUAGAUGUACUGUAUUAAUUACAGCAUUAUUAUUGUCAUAUUUUAAUAUAAGCCUAUAAUAUGUAAAAGAUAUUAUAAAAAUUAUUAUGUGUGAAUGUAAGAAUGUUAUGGGAGUAAAUGUGCGUUGGGUAGCCUUCUGUUUUUCUUUUCUGUGGAAAAUAUCGGAUUGUGAAUGUUUGUGUAUUUUAUCAGUCUUUAUGGGUUUUGAAUUUUUGAAUGGGUAAAUGUUACCCCAGAUCUGCUGUAUAUGAUACAGUAAUUUUUAUGUACACUUUGAUGCAAUGUUCUACAUUUUUGUUACAGCUUCUUUCCUUUAUAUUCUGAUAACCCUUGUCUAUACACACUUGUAGCCUACAGGUAUAUUUUUAUCUGCCUGUUGGCAGGUGGUUUGAGGUUGCCACCAGAAGUUCAUACUUCUUUUGCUCUCUUUCUUUUAUUUCUGUGUACGCUUCUUGCUUUUUUUGUCACUAAAAAACUGUUAUCAUGUUGUUGGGCUUCACUUUUCUCCAACAAAACUUUCCUGUCAAGUGAUGUUACAUACUUUUCCUUGAUGAAGUGUUGAAAGUAAUUGAUUUUGUGUCAAACCCAGUUAUAUUAUACCGCCUACUUUGGGACGAGCAUAAAACUCGCGGUACAGUGGGGCUAUGGAAUAACAGGAGAGAACCAAUUGCCAACUUGACCAGUGGUAAAAGGCUAGAGACAAGAGGCAAACUUUGGCCAGUUUUGCCUCAUCUAGAUCUGUUUUGCGUAACUGCCAUGCGCAAAGAAAAAGACAAGUAGUCACCAAUUGCACAAUAGUUCCAACUAAACCUCACACAAA